UUUUGUAUUCUGUGUUGACUUCCUGUUCAGCUUUGCAAUAAAGUUUGAUUUAAAAAAAACAAAAACAGUGUGACGUCGUUGUCGCGCGACACAGCCACAGGACCCGCACGUGUGUUCGGUUCGGUCCAUGAUGGCGGACUCCAGCCGGCUGUGUUCCGUGUGGCUCGGUUCGGAGACCGGGAUCCUGAAGGGGGUCAGCCUGGGCCGGAAGCAGGCCUUUAACUUCUGCAACACGCGCCAGCUGAGCCGGGACCAGGAGGUGCGCGCGCUGUGCUGGGCCGACCCGGCUCAGAGCGAGCUGCUGCUGGGCUCCGUGGACGGAACCGUGAGGACGUUCAGCACCGAGAAGGGAGCCUUCACCGAGGCGCGGCGCUGCGGGGAGCCGGCGGAGGGCUGCUUCACCGGGCUGGCCGCGCUCAGCGGCUCCGCCACGGUCACCUGCGUGGAGUGCGGGACGCUGCGCGUGUGGAGGGAGGACAGCAGCGAGCCCGCGACCCAGCUGCACGCGGGACAGAACGUGUGCCGCAUGCGGCAGAGCCCGGUACACCGGCACAAGGUGGCCACCGGCGGGAAGGACAACCCGCUGAAGAUCUGGGACCUGCAGAGACCCGAGAGCCCCGCGUUCACCGCAAAGAACCUGCGGGACGACUGGCUGGACCUACGGAGGCCGCACUGGGUCCGAGACAUGGCGUUCAUCCCGGACUCAGACAAGGUGGUCACGUGCACAGGUUACCACCAGGUGCACGUCUUCGACCCGGCGUCCCCUCAGCGGCGUCCCGUCCUGGAGGUGGAGUACGGCGAGUACCCGCUCACGGCUCUGUCGCUGCCCCCUGGUGGUCAGUCUGUGGUGGUGGGGAACACUCACGGGCAGAUCGCCGUGUUGGACCUGAGGAAAGGGGCGGUGCGCGGCUGUCUGAAGGGGCUGGCGGGCGGCGUGCGCGCCCUGCAGUGUCAUUCGUCUCAGCCCGUGGUGGCGUCCUGCGGCCUGGACCGCUUCCUGCGCGUCCACAGCCUGGAGGACCGAAAACUGCUGCACAAAGUCUACCUGAAGUCUCGCCUCAACUGUGUCCUGCUCGCCAGCCGAGAGGAGGCGGGGCAGACGGCGGGGGAGGCGGGGUCACAGGAGGUGAAGGAGGAGGAGGAGGACGAGGUGUGGGACGCCAUGGAGCGAGUGGAGGAGGCGCCAAAGAGGAAAACAACAACAGAAGAAGAAGAAGAAGAGGAGCAGGAGGAGGAGGAAGUGAAGAAGAAGAGCAAGAAGAAGAAGAAGAAGAAGAAAGAGGCGUUUGAGGACUGAUCAGAGCGUGGGACUUUUCAAACCUGACUUAAUGUUUGUUCGAGUUUAUUAAAGCUGCAGCAGAGCCUCCAUGUUUUAUUUUGAACCUGAACGUUUCAGUAACGUUGGACAAACGUUUGUAUGUAAAAUAUGUUUAACGAGCUUCAGGUCGUUUGUACUCGAUUACAUUUAUCAGCUUCAGUUUGUGUAAUAUAAAUAUAUGAACAUAUGUAACGUGUUGGACAGUCUGCACAGGAAGUGGAACACUGACUGUAUUUCACAUUAAAAGACAUAAAAACAG